UAUAUAUAUUAGUAUAUAAAAAACAUGUCUCAGCCAUCAGUAACAGCGUAUUUCAAUACACGUAAACGGCAAGCAACCGAUGAUUUGAAGAGCAAGGCUAAGGUAUUACUUAUUGAACGGGAUCAAUCUAGGUUGGUUAGUAGUCAAAUUCGGAAUACGAGAAAUGACGAUAAUUCCGAGCAUUCCGACUCGUUGACCGCAAUUCAGGAAGAAAAAAAAAUGGGCACGAGUCCGAAAAUCAUUCUGGUCCCGGCAAGAGAGCUGGUAGAUAAUCGCGCUGUGAAAUCGAACCCCGCUGUUCGCAACAUUCAGUUCGAUUCUCCUAAAGGAAAUGCUCAAAAAACGUCUAGAAGUAAUGCAAGAAUUCGCGCUACGUGCACACAAAAAUUGUCACAACAAGAGGGGCAAACAGACAUUCGGGACAGCUUCCAUAAGAUCGCAGAGAAUUUGGAGGGAAACAAAGUACUUUUCAAGAAGAAAGGUUCGUUAAGUCCGAAAAAGAAACUGCCAGGAACGCCAAAAAAGAACAAUGCUUCUGUGGAGAAUUCGUCUGUAAACAUUUUGAACAGUCGAUCUGCAGUUAAUUCCACUACACCGAAAAAGAGCUCAACUAUGGACAAAUUGGCACAGCAAGAUCUGUCUUUAAAUGAAAUUAAAAAUAGAAUCAAUAAAUCGUCCCGUCUUAAUGAACUGAAAGCUUCUAUCGCACGCUUCAGGAAUUGCGAACAAAAACUGGAGAAAUUACAGAAACAAGAUAACAUUAAAAAACCACAGAUACAGAAGUUUGAGAAAAUUGAACUUGAAAUACCACUUAGUCCGAAAAAAGCAUAUAAAUCUCCAAGCAAAAAGAUAUUAAGUCCUGUGAAAAACAAAGAGUUGUUGUUAGCCAGUCCUCAACGUCGAAUUUUAUUCGAACCUAAGGAGACUACUCCAAGUCCAGUAAAGGGUAGCCCGAUUAAAGCACCAGCUUAUCAACAGUAUCUGUCAUUGGCUGGAAGCAGCACUGUUGCUCUGCCAUUGCCUUAUAAUUAUAGAAUCUUGGCAGAAGCAUUUAGAUGCGUGGAUACGGUUUGCGCGAUGCUCUUCAAUCGUAAAGAAGUGAUAACUUUCAAGAAGUUAAAACCCUCUGUUCAAGAAUUGUUGCGUAAAAAUUUCACGCUGCAACAUCUUGCACAAAUUAAAACUAUUUUCCCAGAUGCUUACAUUUACCAUCAAGAGAAGCAUCGGACGUUUGGUUCUACAUCUAAACAGGAUAAGUAUGAACUAAUUCUUACACCCAUUGUUGAAGAGAAAGAUGGGAGAAAUACACCGGAUGCAGAUAACAUUUUGAAAACGGCAUCGGAAACGAGUAUGGGCCCGCGAGUGUUACUGGAUAGGCAAAGGAAGUUUUACAACAUUUUACUUGACAUGGUUAAAGAUGAGCACGAAAAAUUCUUACUCAGUUUAGAAACACCAAUGCGCGUACCAAAAGAAAAAAUUCUACGUUGGCAUCCCGAGUUCGACGUUGAAAGUUGCAAACCAAUUGAGCCAGCCGAUUUGCCACAGCCACCUAAUGUAGAAAAAUUAACAACUGCGAAAGACGUACUUGACAAAGCAAAGUCAAUGUUCAGUUGCGGCACGCGCAUGGAGAAAGCUUUACAGAGAUUGGCAGAAGCGAAACUAACUUCAAAAUCUCAAUCUCCAGAGAAGAAUGAUCAAAACCGUUCAACCCAAACUGAAGAUAAUAUGCAGAAAGUUAAUAUCACUGUUGUCGAUACACCACCCGCUACGCCAACCACGGGAAAUAGUUAUCUUAAUAUGGCAUUUAAAGGCAUUCCGAAGGCCCUUCUUGAAAAAGUUCGUGCCAAGCAAGCUGCCAAAGCAUUAGAAGCAAUGACCCGUACACCGGAUGCUGAUAAACAAGCUUCAAUGUAUUCAAGGCUACCAGAAUUAGCGAAGAUUCUACGUAACAUUUUUGUAGCCGAGAAAAAGGGAGUCCUUACAAUGGAAUUUGUGAUCGGAAAGUUGGAGAACUCGUUUAAAGCGAAAUUAACGCCGAAUGAAUUAGAAGAACUUAUACGUUUGUUAUGUAAAUUACUACCCACGUGGACUAGUAUACAUAACGUGCGAAAAGUGGAUUACUUGAAAUUGCAGAAAGAUAUUGAUCUUGGAAAAGUCGUUAAAAGAUUAGAAAUUAUAGCUAAUGACAAAGUAAAAUUGUAACGAAAUGGACUACAGAACGACUGAUUCAUUUUAUCAGUUUAUGAUUUAUAUGU